CCAAGGCUGGGACACGCGGAGCUGGGACUUGAUUGUUGUGGUUCUUCGUCUUGGGGGCUGUGAAAUUCAGUUUAUUCUUUUUCCGGAAAGUUUUUGGAAGGAUUCUUCUAGAUAAUUCUACAUUUUAUUUUGGAGGAUCGACUUACUUUUCUUCGUCUUCCUUAUUACUCCCCUCCCCCCGUGGGACCCGCCGGACGCGUGGAGGGGACCGCACCCGAAGCAGAUUCUGUACAGCAGGACAGAGCUUUCCGCCUCUGGGGGAGCGAUCCCCCCUCGCCCCCGGGUCCUACGGAUCCUGGACUUUCAGGAGGCACAGCGGCAUCUUGUGGGGGCCUGGGCACCGCAAAAGAAUUACACAGAAACUUUGCCUUUGUUGGAGCGGGACGCUGCCCCCAUCCCGAGUUUCCCCGGACUCUCACCUUUCUUUCCCCCACCCGGCCAUAGCCUUGGCUUCCCGGCGACCUCAGCGUGGUCACAGGGGCCCCCCUGUGCCCAGGGAAAUGUUUCAAGCUUUCCCCGGAGACUACGACUCCGGCUCCCGGUGCAGCUCCUCACCCUCCGCCGAGUCUCAAUAUCUGUCUUCGGUGGACUCCUUCGGCAGUCCACCCACCGCCGCCGCCUCCCAGGAGUGCGCCGGUCUUGGGGAAAUGCCCGGUUCCUUCGUGCCCACGGUCACCGCGAUCACAACCAGCCAGGACCUCCAGUGGCUCGUGCAACCUACCCUCAUCUCUUCCAUGGCCCAGUCCCAGGGGCAGCCACUGGCCUCCCAGCCCACAGCCGUUGACCCCUAUGACAUGCCAGGAACCAGUUACUCCACGCCGGGCAUAAGUGGCUACAGCAGUGGCGGAGCUAGUGGCAGUGGUGGGCCUUCUACCAGCGGAACCACCAGUGGACCUGGGACUGGACCUGGGCCCCGCCCAGCCCGAGCCCGGCCUAGGAGACCCCGAGAGGAGACGCUCACUCCAGAGGAGGAGGAGAAGAGAAGAGUUCGCCGAGAACGAAACAAACUGGCAGCGGCAAAGUGUAGGAACCGGAGAAGGGAGCUGACGGACCGACUCCAGGCGGAGACAGACCAGCUGGAGGAAGAAAAGGCAGAGCUGGAGUCGGAGAUCGCCGAGCUCCAAAAGGAGAAGGAACGUCUGGAGUUUGUGCUGGUGGCCCACAAACCGGGCUGCAAGAUCCCCUACGAAGAGGGGCCCGGGCCGGGCCCGCUGGCGGAGGUGAGAGAUUUGCCGGGGUCAGCAUCCACUAAGGAAGACGGUUUCAGCUGGCUGCUUCCGCCCCCGCCACCGCCGCCCCUGCCCUUCCAGACCAGCCAGGACGCGCCCCCCAACCUGACAGCUUCUCUCUUUACACACAGUGAAGUUCAAGUCCUCGGCGACCCCUUCCCCGUUGUUAACCCUUCGUACACUUCCUCGUUUGUCCUCACCUGCCCGGAGGUCUCCGCGUUCGCCGGCGCCCAACGCACCAGCGGCAGUGACCAGCCUUCCGACCCCCUGAACUCGCCCUCCCUUCUUGCUCUGUGAACUCUUUAGACACAAAACAAACAAACACACAAGGGAGAGAGAGAUUUGGAGGAGGAGGAGGAGGAGGAGGAGAGAGGGGAAGAGACAAAGCGGGCGUGUGGCCUCCCUGCCUUUCCUGUCUGACCCUCCGCUGCCACUGCCAUCGGACAGGAGGACUUCCUUGUGUUUUGUGCCGCCUCUUGUUUCUGUGGCCCGGCGAGACCAGAGAGCUGGUGACUUUGGGGACAGGGGGUGGGGAGGGGAUGGACACCGGCCCCCCCCCCCCGGCUGCCUGUCGGCCGUCUCGCUUCAACCCAACC